GUGACAUAUUGCAAUGAGAAUGGUGAUGCAAGGAAACACUCAACUAACAGCACCUCGAUAGUAAUGCCACGGUUUCCUUUUUAUUGAACGAACAACAUGGCACUAUAAAUUCCAGGUCAGGCGUUCCACCUUGGUAAUAUUUAAAAAAUGUAAAUAUAGCAUUCUUACUGCCAAACCGAAAGCAGAUUUUUAAGAAUCGAUGUUAGAUGUCAUGAACUACAGAUGUCCAUGCAUAUAAUGGGACUAUCGGAUGGAUAAAAUGGGGAGUGGUGUCAGUCAAAAUGGGAGUUCUCCGAGUCAACCUAAAGGCACUUCUGAUGGACCCCGUCCGCCCAGAGACCCUUACCAACAACUCAACAACGUCUUGAGUGAGUACAAAGACGGCAAGAAAUCAUUAUCCGUGGACGAUGUCAAAGCUUUGCAGGAAUUUAUCCAACAUCACCAAAAGGAUGGAAGUUCACAGUCAACCCACGGACUGAUAACAAUGAAACAGCAGCUCUCAAGUUUUGAAAAACAACGCCAAGAUAUUUUGAAUAAGAUAUCGGAAGUAGCAGGUGCCCGUUUAAAAUCAAACAAUCCUGCCAUAGCAGAUCUUAGCGACCAGAAUCGACCUAGUAAGUUGGCAGAGAAGUUCUCUGAAUUGUACGACAACGAAUGGACGGAUGCGGCAGAGGAAUUGAAGCAAACGAUAAAAUUCCCAAAGGAAACGUCGGAAGAAGAAAUGGACAUCGUUGUCAUCAAGUUUCUAUAUAAUUUUGCUAAGGUAACGUAUGAAGAAUGCAAGAAAAAGGCAGCGGAGCAGUUAAAACACGUCAAGGAUGCGGUCUCCUUUCACAACGAAAAUGUUGGAGAAAUGGCAAUCGAAUUGGACAGAAAAUGCCGAGAUUUUAUCAGGAGACAUUGCGAAAUCACUCUAAGUCAAGCUUUAAAGAUCCUUCCAUAUAAAGUCAUUAAAGAUCAGACAACGGCUGAAGAAGAAUUAGGAAUUGCUGUGAACCAACUGGAGAACUGUAAACAUGCCAAUGACUUUUUUAAACUUUGUACACGCCUCUGCUGGAUGAUGGCACUUCAGGAUCCGCCUGUGUAUAUGGUUACUAGCACCGAUUCCAUGGAGAUGUACAGGGCAUACACAAGAUCUGGUGACCUCAUUGAAUAUGUUGUUUGGCCUAGCCUAUUGUUGCAUGAAGAUGGACCCCUACUUUACAAAGGAGUUGCUCAAUUCAAGAAAAGAGAUGGGAAAAAAGAAAAGGAAAAUAGCGAGGUCAAGUCUGUUGUAGACAACGAUAAAACAGUGCAUGCAGAAGAUCCAAUUUAUGCAAAUGUUGAUAACUCAGACAACAACAAGGACAGUAUAAAGAAUGGCACAGUAAAAACUCAAACAAAAACGAAGCCGGGGGAUAAUUCGUCUGGAGGCCCUCAUGUAACCAAAAUUGAUGUAAAAUGAUAUACAUGUACUAUUGACUCUUGUAUGAUUAGAUUAAAAAUUCAGUGUAUUGUCAUGCUGAUAAAUGUAUAUCUUUUGUAUCUCUAGUUAGAAACUAUGUCAAUUAUAAUAUAAA